UUUUAGUGAACCUCAGCCCUCCACAUGAACCCUCUACAGAAUGUUCAUUACGUUGUGGAGUAUCUCUCCAACGACACAAAUAUGACCGGAGUGCAAUAAUAAGUGAUAUAAAUUAGAGACCUUUUUAGUAAACAAAAAUGGAAAAUGCAAACGAUAAUCACUGUGCUUCUCUGGAUACCAAUGCAUUAUCCUUAAAUCAUAGUGUUUCUCCGACAUCCGGUAAUAGUUCAGAUAUAUUUCUCUUCGAUGAUUCUUCGAUGUCCGACGGUAGCCUAUAUGCCAGCGAUCAAGAAAAUCAUUCGAUACCAAGAAAAAGGUCAACAUGCCGGCGCCACAGACGAAGAUCGCGGUGUCCUCAACAGCAGAUACAACAGCGGCAAGCAGCGAACUUGCGUGAGAGGCGUCGGAUGCAGUCCAUCAACGACGCCUUUGAAGGUCUUCGAGCCCACAUACCGACACUUCCAUACGAGAAACGGCUAUCCAAAGUUGACACACUGAAACUGGCUAUUGGAUAUAUUGGUUUCUUAGGGGAAUUGAUACGCGCUGAUAGAACAACACCGGAAACUAUGCUCACUGGCGUCUCAAAUAACCAAAACACAGAUCAAGAACAAAAGAAAAUCAUCAUUAGAGCAAUUUUCAAGCCCAUUCGCUUUCUUGGUCGCGUAGGGGCGAAAGACCGUCCGGCGGAACUUUACACGCGAAGAUAUGGGUUCCAGAAGACCCUAGGUUUUUUACCUCAUCCACAAAUGUCAUCGAAAAAGAAGAGCUCAGAUAAAAAUACCUCAAGUAUACCUUUACCUGACUUAUUAUGUCUUGAUCUCCAUUGGAAGCGAAUUUACAGGAAAACUAUAUGUAGUAACAAUUUGAGAGUACGGAUAAAUUGAAUAAAAAAGGAUGAAAAAUCGUACUAAAAUGUAUAUUUUUAUUGGACCUUAGUUGAAUCUUAUAUAAGGCCUAAAAAAUUCAUCCUUUAAUCAAUUCUUAUUAUUUUGUAUUUACAAAUCAACAUGUAUGUGUACUACGAGCAUAGUAUCUCUGCUCAAAAGCAUUACGGAACAACAUUGUUUUUAUCCCACUCACCUAUUUGUAAGUAAUUUUAAUGUUUGUAUUUAAUUUUUAAGUUAACAGUUUUCCUAGUCAUAAUGCCUAUUUCAAAUUAGAAUAGAACUAGUUGAUAAUUUGAAUAAAAAUAUCGGGUAGAAAAAGAUAUUCUUAAGUCUUAAUGAACAAUAUGCAAUUUGCAAAAACAACAUGCAAAUGUAAUACAUUCACUGCCGCACAAUAUGCCUGCUUAUUGACUAAAUUAAAUUAUGAUAAUGAAAUAUUAUAUCAAUAUUGAAAUAAAAAUAUACAUUUCAAACCA